AUGGUCGAAGGAGACGAGAUGGGCGUACUUAUCCCUGAGUUGGUGGGGCUGGCGAGGCCGCGGGUCUGGCGGAACCUCCUGCUGGGGACCGUGGGCGUCAUGCUCAUCGUCGCCGCCGCCAUCGGGAUCGUCAUCCCACACGCAGGUAGGAACAGCUCAGGUUCCGUGGAAGAGAACGGCAGCCCCAUCCCUCUCACCUCGGCGCUCACGGCCACUCCCGGAGGCAUAGACCUGGCCGAGGUGCUCAAUGGGACUUUCUCCGCGAACUCCUUCAACGGAACCUGGAUUUCCGGUGAGUCUGGCUUCAGACAACGAAUUCCUGUUCCGCAGCGAGAACGGCGCCCUCAAAAUGUUCACCGUCGAGACGCAGUCCACGAGGAACUGGUCAGCCAGGAGAUCAUGGCGGAGUGGCGUCCCUUCAAGUACAGUCUGUCCCCAAGCAGGAAAUUCCUUUUGGUUGUCCAUGAUGUGCAGAAUUGCUUUCAUCCGCAUAAUUUAUUUUAUUGCCUUCCAGCUGUUCCGUUACUCCUACUCGCCCGCCACACCAUUCUUAACCUUGAGACCGGGGAGUCCAUCCCUCUGGCGCCCCAGCGGGUUCGGUCCAGGAAUGACCAGCCGCCGCUUCUAUAUGCCACCUGGGCGCCCACUGACGACGCCCUCGCCUUCGUGUCUCACAAUGACCUUUACUACACCACUGGCCCCGACUUGGCCACCAUGUACAGGCUGACUGAUACUGGCCAGAUCGGUAGCAUCUUUAACGGCAUCCCCGACUGGGUGUAUGAAGAGGAAAUCCUGAGCUCCAACUCCGCGCUGUGGUUCGGCCCCAACGGCCUGCGACUCGCCUUCGCCACCUUCAACGACUCCCGCGUCGACACCAUGAACUUCCCUCUCUACGGUCGUCCAGGAGACCUCUCGUUCCAGUACCCCAUCCACAGUCCAUUAAAUACCCAAAGCCCGGUCGAUUCAACCCCGUGUCGACCUGUGGUGGUGGACCUCGCCAAGCUCAUCAGUGGAAGCAGCGACACAGUAACGCGCUUGCCUCCGCCUGCAACCCUGUCGAACGUGGACCAUUACUUCACCCACGGUGGGCUGGGCCUCGCCCGACUUCGUAAUGUGAACAUCCUGAGCAUCUGCCAGGCUGAGUCGGGCGUGUGCUCGGACGACCUCGUCCACGAGUCUCCGGACAAGGCAUGGAACGACCUCUAUACUCCUCCCAUGUUCGACGAGGCCAACGGCGACACUUACCUGAUUAUUCUACCCACGUUCCAGGGCGACAGGGGACACUUCAAGCACAUUAAUUUCCGACGAUCAUCGGAUAAGACCUUAACUCCACUGACCACUGGCACUUACGAGGUUGUAGACAUUCUUUCAUGGGACCGCAAGAACCAUAUUGUGUACUUCACAGCUGCCCCAUCAGGAAGACCAGGACAGCGUCACAUUUAUUAUGUUGGCGACUUGUCAUCACCUCAACCGAAACAGGCUUACUGCAUCACCUGUGGCUUCAAGAAUGAUUUUAAUCGCAGAGAUGAGCAAAGACGGUACUUAUUAUGUUUGACAUGUGGAGGACCAGGUAUUCCCCAAGUCACUCUGCAUCGUGCAUCUGACCACUCAAGGCUCAGGCUUAUUGAGGAUAACCAAGAGGUUCGUGAGCGGCUCCUUGACCGUUCCUUGCCCCUGGAGAAGCGCUUGGAAAUUGACGUUGCAGGAGGAUUCAAGGCUCAGGUCUCUAUGAAACUUCCUCCGGAUUACAACCCAACACGGUUCCAGAGCUACCCUAUGCUGGUUUAUGUAUAUGGAGGCCCAGGAUCCCAGCUUGUCAGUGAUCGAUUCCGAAUUGACUGGGGUGACUACUUGGCCUCCGAGCGAGGAAUCAUCUAUGCUUCCAUUGAUGGUCGCGGCUCAGGCUACUCUGGCGAUAAGCUACUCCAUUCUCUGUACUAUGGCCUUGGAACAGCUGAGGUUGAUGACCAGAUUGCAGUGACAUCAGCUCUGCAGAAGUCCUUCCCAUUCAUUGAUUCUUCCCGAACGGCCAUUUGGGGAUGGUCCUACGGCGGUUAUGUAACUGCUGCUGCCUUAUCAAAGGAUGUAAACAAUGUCUUUAAGUGUGGUAUAUCAGUUGCACCUGUGACUUCCUGGAUCUAUUAUGAUACCGUAUACACUGAAAGGUAUAUGGGUCUCCCUACGCCUGAUGAUAACCUGCGUGCUUAUGACGCCUCAGACAUAACCAGAAAUGUUACAAACUUCAGAAAUAAAGAAUUCUUCCUUAUACACGGUACUGCUGAUGACAAUGUGCAUUACCAACAGUCUAUGAUGUUAUCCCGAGCAUUAGAAGUAAAUGACAUUCUGUUCAGAUCACAGAGCUACCCUGACGAGAACCAUGGUCUGGCAGGAGUCAAGAGGCAUCAUUACCACAGCAUGGAAGACUUCCUGAAUGACUGCUUCAACAAGGCAUAAUCAUCACUUCUUUAAAAAUGAUGUCUGUGUAAUAAUUUC